AAAAAAAAAAAAAGAUGUUAAUGUGAUUAUGUCUUCCGCACGCACAUGACUUUCUGUCUUCUUCUUCUUCUUCUCCUUCUCUCUUCAGAUCUGUCUUGACCCCCAAAAACCAAUCAAUAUCAUCCAUCUCCUUCUUCUUCUUCUUCUUCUUCUUCGCCGGCGCUCAUGGACGGUGGAACGGGUCAACCGGCGGCUGAUACCGAGAUGUCGGAAGCUUCAGGCGGUGCGGUUGCAUCGCAACCGAUGCCGGGGAAAGAGAAUAUUCCGGCGACUCUAAGCCACGGAGGGAGGUUUAUACAGUAUAACAUAUUCGGGAACAUCUUCGAGGUCACCGCUAAGUAUAACCCUCCGAUCAUGCCUAUUGGCAAGGGCGCUUAUGGCAUCGUUUGCUCGGCUAUGAACUCUGAAACGAAUGAAAGCGUUGCUAUUAAGAAAAUCGCAAACGCUUUCGAUAAUAAGAUUGAUGCCAAGAGAACUCUCCGUGAGAUCAAGCUCCUUCGCCACAUGGAUCAUGAGAAUAUUGUUGCAAUAAGAGACAUAAUACCACCACCGCUAAGAACCGCUUUCAAUGAUGUUUACAUCGCUUAUGAGCUAAUGGACACUGAUCUCCAUCAGAUCAUACGGUCUAACCAAGGCUUAUCCGAAGAGCAUUGCCAGUAUUUUCUUUACCAGAUCCUCCGUGGAUUGAAAUACAUUCACUCCGCAAAUGUGCUUCACCGUGAUCUGAAGCCUAGCAAUCUCCUCCUCAACGCAAACUGCGACUUAAAAAUCUGCGACUUCGGGUUAGCUCGAGUCAAUUCCGAGAGCGACUUCAUGACUGAGUACGUUGUCACGAGGUGGUACCGUGCACCAGAGCUGCUUUUGAACUCUUCUGACUAUACUGCGGCGAUAGAUGUUUGGUCUGUUGGUUGUAUUUUCAUGGAGUUAAUGGACCGUAAGCCACUCUUCCCUGGCAGAGAUCAUGUUCAUCAGCUUCGCCUGCUCAUGGAGCUCAUAGGAACACCAUCAGAACAAGAGGUUGAGUUCUUGAAUGAAAAUGCAAAGCGAUACAUAAGACAACUUCCACCGUAUCCUCGUCAAUCCAUCACUGAUAAGUUCCCAAAUGUGCAUCCUCUAGCGAUAGAUCUUAUCGAGAAGAUGCUAACGUUUGACCCUAGACGGAGAAUCACAGUUUUAGACGCGCUGGCACAUCCAUACCUGAACUCUCUGCACGACAUCAGCGAUGAGCCAGAGUGCACGAUACCUUUCAACUUCGACUUUGAGCAGCACGCACUCUCAGAGGAGCAGAUGAAGGAGCUCAUAUACCGUGAAGCGCUUGCAUUCAAUCCAGAGUAUCAGCCAGCAAUAGCUUGAAUGGGAUCAGGUUUGGUUUUGAUCUUGACAAGAUUCUUGAAAGGAGGAAACAUCAUUGUUUCUCUUCUGUGUAUACUUGUGAGAGAUGCUUGAAGGGGGUAUGUGGCUCAAACGUUAAGUCUCGGUAAGGUUUUUUUUUUUCUUUCUUUUUGUCUUCUACGUAUUGUAAUUUACCCUCAUUUCUUGUUACAAGUAUUAAGACAUAAGUUAAGAUCGUCUCAGAAAUAGUUUUCAUGUAUUACAAGAUGUUCGUUUCCAGCAAUAUCAAAUUUUUUUUUGCUUUGUAAAACAUAAGGAAUAUGAGAUUAUUGUAAUUUUGAAUUCCAAAAAGAUCAAAUAAGAACUAUUAAUA